AUAUAUGGAGGUGCAAUUUAAAGGCAUAUUUGCUCCACCUUACUUCUCUGGUAUUUUCCGGCGAUCACUGCUUCCAGUUUGACAUGAUUGACGACCCGUCCCAUUGAAGUAUAGCUGUUGCGCUUUGUACACAGAUUUUAUUCUUCUGGGAUUUAAUCUAGGUGAAUUUUGCUACUUUUGCUGGGAGUGAGAGCAAUCAACAGAAAAAUGGAAUUAGCAGAUAGAGCAGUUGGAUUUCUGUUAUCCGUUACAAGCUUGUCCAUAUUUACCUACUAUACAUUUUGGGUUAUCAUCCUGCCUUUUGUGGAUGAUGAUCAUUUCGUUCACAAGUACUUUUUACCCCAAGAGUAUGCCAUACUAAUUCCAGUCUCUGCUGGCGUUACACUGCUUUGUUUCUUGAGUAUAUUUGUUGGAGUCGUGAUGCUCAAAUCCAAAAGAAAGAAGGCUUGAUUUGUAUUUUCCGUUUUGUUGCACCAGUUGUUAUAAAUUUUGAAACAGCGAAUGUAUUAAGUGUAUUUUCGAACAUUUCAUUCAAGAAAAGCUUUACCUUGACUGUGA